AUGGUGAAUCGAGAUGUUGAAAUGCUUCUACUCUCUCCCUCAAUCUCUUCAACACAACCAGUCAUGGCGGGCAUAGCACCAGAAGGAUCCCAAUUCGAUGCACGACAAUUUGACUCCAAGAUGAGCGAGUUGCUUUCAGCUGAUGGACAAGACUUCUUUACAUCAUAUGAUGAAGUCUAUGACAGUUUCGAUGCCAUGGGUCUCCAAGAAAAUCUCCUGAGAGGCAUAUACGCAUACGGUUUUGAAAAACCAUCGGCCAUCCAACAAAGGGGAAUCGUCCCCUUCACCAAGGGCUUGGAUGUAAUUCAACAAGCCCAAUCUGGAACUGGAAAAACAGCCACUUUCUGCUCUGGAAUCCUCCAACAACUUGACUACAAUGUAGUCGAAUGCCAAGCUUUGGUUUUAGCCCCAACACGUGAACUUGCACAACAAAUUGAGAAAGUGAUGCGGGCCCUCGGUGAUUACUUAGGUGUCAAGGUCCACGCGUGUGUUGGUGGGACCAGUGUCCGUGAAGACCAACGCAUCCUUUCAGCCGGGGUCCACGUGGUUGUUGGGACACCUGGACGCGUGUUUGACAUGCUCCGCAGGCAAUCCCUUCGUGCUGAUUACAUCAAAAUGUUUGUUCUUGAUGAAGCUGAUGAAAUGCUUUCACGAGGUUUUAAAGAUCAGAUAUACGAUAUUUUCCAGCUGUUGCCCUCAAAGGUUCAGGUGGGGGUGUUCUCCGCCACCAUGCCGCCAGAGGCUCUGGAAAUCACGAGAAAGUUCAUGAACAAACCGGUGAGGAUUCUGGUCAAACGUGACGAGUUGACUUUGGAAGGAAUCAAACAGUUUUAUGUGAAUGUUGAGAAAGAAGAUUGGAAGCUGGAGACAUUAUGUGAUCUGUAUGAGACGUUAGCAAUCACUCAGAGUGUGAUUUUUGUGAACACGAGGAGGAAGGUUGACUGGUUGACCGAUAAGAUGAGGAGCCGUGAUCACACGGUGUCAGCCACACACGGUGACAUGGACCAGAACACGAGGGAUAUAAUCAUGCGGGAGUUUCGUUCGGGGUCUUCUCGUGUUUUGAUUACUACUGAUUUGUUGGCACGUGGGAUUGAUGUGCAACAGGUGUCUUUGGUUAUUAAUUAUGAUCUUCCAACACAGCCCGAGAAUUAUCUUCAUAGGAUUGGUCGAAGUGGAAGGUUUGGGAGAAAAGGUGUGGCCAUUAAUUUUGUGACUUUGGAGGAUGAGAAGAUGCUUGCGGAUAUUCAGAAGUUUUAUAAUGUUGUCGUGGAGGAGCUGCCGUCAAAUGUUGCUGAUUUGAUUUGAGGAUUUUGGUUGGUUUUUGUGUCUCGGGACUUGGAUUUUGUUGGUGUUUGUUU